GUGCAUUUUUGAGGGAAAGUUUCCAGCCGUGAAGUAGUUUACAUCUGGUUUUUUUAAGUCUAACAUCUCCGGAAAUUCGAAUUUGCACAGUUAAGAUAACGCUGAUAAGGGAUAAAGUAUCGACGGAUAAAAAGAAAACGUUAGACAAUGUAUUUGGGAACUGUUGGAAAGUAGAUAAUUGAUUUUGGGGUUCUAUUUGCUGCCUGAGGGCUGAGAAGAGUAGUAAUAAUUUUCACUUCAGCGUGUAGCUUAUCUAAAGGAUUGACUGGUGAAAAAGUUGUCGAGCAAAAGAAUUUUGCCCAUAAAUCCGGAACUUACACGCCAAGGAAAUGGCACCUGUACGAUCACACCGAUCACAUCGACAUGGGGCCCGAGGGCUUGGGGACCUCGACAUAUCUUCUUCAGGGUCCUCUCUCAGAUCAAAGUCGAGUACCGAUAGUGAUGACGUUUCAGUUAAAAUACUAACUCCCGUCAAUGACGAAUGGGAAAAGAACUACAGCGAAUUUGACUCUUCGUUUCCAACUCAAGUAAAAUGCAUCGUGUGGCGCAUCAAGGAUUUUUCGACCCUGUUACAACUUAAAGGGGCGAGUGGAAAGGAGGAGAUUGAAUUCACUGGUGGAGAAGAGGUCAGCAUGCCGAGCAAAUGGAAGAUGAGUUUAAUGUUUGACGGCGACAAGAUUGGACUGUAUCUUUCUCUCGUGGAAUAUACUGGGACCGAGCGGACUGUAUUUGCAAAAUUUGAAUCCAAAAUCAAACAUCCAUGUGGCACAAAGGAAUUGAUCAGUAGAUCGGUUCAACCAACGGACAUGAAAGCUGUCGAAGAUUGGGGGUGGGGUUCAUUUACAUCGGUUCCUAGCAUCAAAAACUCUGGAGUGCUGGUGCGAGAUCGACUCACGAUUCAUUUGCGACUAGAAUUUUAUGGGAAGACGGCUACCAAUACCAUGCUAUCAGGCGACCGUCCUUCGAGGGAGAUGAUGGAACGUCAGGCACGAGAUGGUGUUAUUAAUGAUUUGGGAACGUUGCUGAAGACUGGGGCCAAUUCCGACUUUGUGAUCAAAGUUCCAAGCUUGAAGGGGUUUGCAUCGGUUAAGGUCCACAAGGCCAUCCUUGCAGCCCGUUCUCCAGUUUUCUUUGCUAUGAUGGAAUCUAAAAUGGUGGAGAGUACGAGUGGAGAAAUGACGAUCCCUGAUUUGAAUCUAAAAAGCUUAAACGUGCUCUUGAAAUUCAUUUAUACUGGAAUUGUUGACGAUACAUGGAUUGAAUAUCCUGGACCGAUUGUCAACGCUUCGGAGAAGUACGAUCUUCCCAUACUCAAGAGUUUCUGCGAAAAACAACUUCAUGGAGCUUGCAACUCCCGGAAUGCAUUUGAAUUGCUAAAGGUGGCAAAAACACACAAUCUUACUACUGCGACGCACAACAUUUCUGAAUUCAUUUACCUGAACAUUGAAGAAAUUGUCAAGAACGCUUAAAGCCAGCACUCGCCAUACCCUUUGUAUCUUUUUAUUUUUAGUGUUGAUCAUUUUGUGUUCUUUGGUUCAAUAGUUCUCUGGUUUGUCCAUCUUCCUAUCGCAUUACUCGCAUUAGUUAAUCGCUUAAUUUUAGUUAAAUAUUCAAUGCAAGGCUAUCCUUUCAUUAUAUUUUACUCUGUAUGUAACAAAAAAAUUGAUAAUAAAAUGUAAUAAUUCAUAAU